GGAUUAGCAUUCAUCAUCAUAUUCAGCAAUUUGAAUUGUGCGUUGGCGUUUCAUUUUUAUUUUUGUUUUUCAGGAGAAAAAUGGAUUUUCGAAAUAAUUCAUGAUCAACCGCCACCAAUGACAAAUGAAUAAUCCUUGAAAUCAACAACGAAACAAAAAUCAAAAAACAACAUCAACAACAAAAUUGGAAAGCGAAUGGCAAUCAAUUAUUUAAAUUCAAAUCAAACGAUGAACAAACAUUAUAAAUAAACAAACAUUGAAUCGAGUUUGUCUCAUUUGAUCUCAUCAAUUCGCCAUUCAUUUUGUUUGAUUUGCAUCCAACAAUUAUAUAUAACAUUAAUUACCAAAAAACAAAAUCAAAAACGAAACUCAUUCUCAAAUCGAAUACCGGAUGAAAAAAAAUUCAGGCCAUCGUCGAAUGUCAUUAUCGAAUUUUUUUUUUCGUUUUCAAUUUUUCUUCUAUUGUGUUUUAAAUGAACUAACCUUUAGUAGUACUUUACUCUCUGUGUCUGUUUGUCUGGUAGUGUACAAAUACCAAGAUUGUGCUCUUUCAUUGCCCUUCAAAAAAAAACCAAACAAAAUUUGACCUUUUUUUUGAUCCUCAAUAGCAACCAAGGACCUAGGAACCUUGUUUUGAGUUCUAUUUAUGUGUGUGUGUGUGUGUGUGUGAAAGUUUAAUUGUAUAUAAACAGAGGCCGGAAAUUUGAAUCGCAGUUUGUCUGUGUGUGUGUGUAUCUUUUGACAUCAGCAAGUUUAAAAAAAAUCUAUUGUGUUUAUUUAUGAACAGACGACGACCUUGUUUUUUUUUUACCUUUAUUAAUUGUGUGCGAGUGUAUGAACGGAAGUUUUUAAAAAUCAAAAAUAAAAAAAAACUUUUAACAAAUAACACACCCAUAAUAUAUAAGCCGGUUGGUUGGUUUUAAUAUUUGUUUAAAUUGUGACGAUAACAUGUGAUGAUUAACAGGAAGUGACAAUCCUCUUCAAUUUAAUAUAUCUAUUUGUGUGUGUUUUUUUUUUGGAUUUGGAUUCAUUUUAUUUUUAUUUUUAAACGGAAAACAACUUGUUGUGUGUGUGAAUAUAACACAGAGAUAAAUAUAUUUUCCAUUAAAAUCAUCACAAUAAUUAUUAUUGGAAAAAAAAUUCCAAAAAGAAUUUCAUUUCAUCCAAAUGGAAUUAGUACAUGCGGCAAAUGUUGCCGCCGCUAAUAACAACAACACAACAAACGUAAACAACACUAAUAUCGUUGUUGAAAAUAAUAUUUCAACCAACAACAACAACAACAACAGCAACAAUAACGGUAAUAAUAAUAAUAAUAAUAACGGAAACAGUUCAAAUAAUUCAAUAACCCAUCUUAAUCAAUCAAUGGAAUCGGUUAAUAAUCUAUCGGAUGAAGAGGUACGAACAUUGUUCGUUAGUGGACUACCAAUGGAUGCUAAACCACGUGAAUUAUAUCUAUUAUUUCGUGCAUAUAAGGGAUACGAAGGAUCAUUAUUAAAAGUGACCAGUAAAAAUGGAAAAACAUCAUCACCGGUUGGUUUUGUUACAUUCUCAACAAGAGCUGGUGCUGAAGCUGCUAAACAAGAUUUACAGCAAGGUAUCCGGUUUGAUCCUGAUUUACCACAAACAAUAAGGCUUGAAUUUGCCAAGAGCAAUACCAAAGUGAACAAACCAAAACAAUCAUCAUUGCCUUUAUCAUCAUCAUCAUCUUCAUCGGCAGCUGCUGCCGCUGCCGCAGCAGCAGCCGCUGCUACUGCCUCAAAUCAUCCGGCAGCAUUAGCGAUGCAUCCUCUUACUGGCCUCGAUCUAAGUGCUGCAUUGUUUUCGAAUCCACAUGAUAGCUGGGCAACACCACAUCCAUUAUCAUUUCCGGAAAUGACUACAUCAGCUGCAUUACAUUCAGCUGCAGCAUUAGUACAUCCGGCAUUACAUGCUCAACUACCGCAGCCUCAAUUAGCAGCCGUACCACAUCCAAUGAAUCAUGGUCAUGCAGCAGCAGCCGCCGCAGCAGCAGCCGCAGUAUUAGCCGCAAAUCAUCAUCAUCAUCAUCAUCAUCAUCCUUCAAUGCAUCAUGGAACAAUACCACCAUCACAUUUAGUUGCCGCAUCAUCAACAACAGCAGCAGCAGCAGCUCUUGCAGCAACUCCAAUUGGUCAAACACCACCAAUAUCAUCAUCAUCAUCAUUAUCAUCAUUAACAACAACCACAGCACAUCAUCAUCAUCAACAACAACAACAACAACAAUCAAAUAAUUGCAAUACAACACCAUGUUCAACAUUAUUUGUUGCCAAUCUUGGACAAUUUGUUUCUGAACAAGAGCUAAAGGAAUUAUUUGGAAGUUUUAUUGGAUUCUGCCGACUACGGAUGCAUAACAAAAGUGGAGCACCGGUUGCAUUUGUCGAAUUUACGGAUAUACGUUUAGCAACACAUGCAAUGAAUGCCUUACAAGGCUUUAUAUUAUUUUCAUCUUCAGAUCGUGGUGGUAUACGUAUAGAAUAUGCAAAAAAUAAAAUGGGUGACAUAUCCGGUUCAUCAUCCGGUGGUUCAUCAUCUACUGGUGGUGGUUGUAGUGGUGGUGGUGGUGGUGGUGGAUCAUCACUUAAUAGUCAACCAUUGAAUAAUCAUAAUCAUAAUAAUAAUAAUCAUCAUCAUCAUAUUCAUCAACAUCAUCUUCAACUUCAUCAUCAUAAUCAUAACCAUAAUCAUGAUGUAGCCAAUUCGAUUGGCCAUGAUUAAAAACAGCAACAACAACGAAAGAAUC